AUGCACUUUUUCUCGGUCCUUAUAUUUCUCCUUACUGUAUUGGGUAUUGUGUUUUACUUUCUAAAGAAACAACAGGAUGGAGAUGAUGGUGAGCAGAAGAAUUUAUCCAUGUCAGCACCAUCGGGUCAGCAAUCCCUACACAAAGAAGAACGUGUUCAGAGGAACGAUUCAUUCUCAUCACCCUUGCUGGAUAAACAGUGUCGACGUUUUUCACUUGCUGAAAUUAGGUUGGCCACCAAUGAUUUUGAUGAUGCAUUUGUAAUCGGAAAGGGCGGGUUUGGGAAUGUAUACAAAGGUAGAGUUGACUUUGGGAAAAGAAUUGAUGUUGCCAUUAAGAGGUUGAAUCUUGAAUAUUCAAGUCAAGGGGCAACCGAGUUUCGGGCAGAGAUUGAGAUGCUUUCCAAGUUUCGCCAUAGUCACAUCGUGUCUCUACUAGGAUAUUAUGAAGGAUCUACUGAAAAAGAGAUGAUCCUUGUUUACGAAUACAUGCGGAAUGGGAGUCUUGGGGAUCAUUUGCACAAAAGAAAAGGUAAUGUAAGUAAUUCAUCUCAGCUGACAUGGAUCCAGAGACUCAAUAUUUGCAUAGAUGCUGCUCGUGGUUUGGACUACCUCCAUACAGGUACAGGUGUUGAAUCUAGAGUCAUACACCGUGACAUCAAGAGCUCAAACAUCUUGCUGGAUGAGAAUUUGGUAGCGAAAAUUUCUGACUUCGGGUUGUCCAGGAUUGGUCCAGCUAAGCUGGUGGGGACCACUAAUGUUUAUACCGAUCAGAUCAAAGGCACAUUUGGGUACAUGGAUGCCGAGUAUUUCACAACUCAGAGACUGACACGAAAGUCUGACGUGUAUGCAUUUGGUGUGGUGUUAUUGGAAGUGUUGUGUGGUAGACCUGCUCUGGAUUUUACAUUGGAUGAGGAGCAACACAGCCUAUCUGUAUGGGCCAAAAAGUGCAUCAGAAAAGGUAAGAUUGAUCGAAUCAUUGAUCCCUAUUUGAGGGGGAAAACGAGGGCUAAAUGUUUGAAGGAAUUUGGAAGAAUUGCAUAUGAAUGUCUCCUUGCAUGUUCAAAGGAUCGACCCACAAUGACUAAGGUGUUAGCUAAGCUUGAGCUUGUGUUAUCGUGGACAUUGCAAAGUGAGAUGAGUUCUCGUGAUCAAAAAGACAUUGGAAAAUCUGUAUUUAUUGAGAAGGCAUGGUCAUUGUUCUUGAUUAAAGCUCCAAUAAAAGGUGGUGUGAGUGCUAGAAAGAAACUUGGGCAAAGCAUCAACAACAAUAAGAAAGGCAUGAUGACGGAAAAGCAUGCCACCACGUUUGUUGAGGGUGGCGUUGCAACUGCUUCUCAGCAGGUGGUGCUACCCGGUAAAGAGACAAAGAUACCAGUCUUGAAGAUGUUCACGUUUUCUGAGCUUCGGAGUGCCACUAGGAAUUUUCGGCCUGACAUGGUGAUUGGGGAGGGUGGUUUUGGGAGGGUGUAUAAAGGGUGGUUGGACAGUGUGACUUUUGUCCCACGGAAGGCUGGUGUUGGGUUAGCUGUGGCCAUCAAGAGACUCAACCCCGAAAGUAUUCAUGGUUUCUCCGAGUGGCAGGCAGAAGUGAACUUCUUGGGAACAUUUAGCCACCCAAACAUUGUUAAACUCCUUGGCUAUUGCUGGGAAAAUAAGGAGUUUCUUCUUGUUUAUGAAUAUAUGCAAAGAGGAAGCUUAGAUCGCCAUCUCUUUAGAAAAACUUUCAAACCACUUCCGUGGGACAUGAGGAUUAAAAUAGCAAUAGGAGUAGCACAAGGCCUUGCUUUCUUGCACACUAGAGAAAAGAGCAUCAUCUUCAGAGACGUGAAAAUGGCAAACAUUUUGUUAGAUGAGGAGUUUAAUGUGAAGCUCUCGGAUUUUGGACUGGCAAAGUUAGGUCCAGUCAAUGGAGAAUAUCAUGUGUCAACACGCGUUAUGGGCACCUACGGUUAUGCAGCUCCUGAGUACAUAACCACUGGACAUCUAUAUGUGAAGAGUGAUGUUUAUGGUUUUGGGGUGGUGAUGCUAGAGAUGAUUACAGGAUUACGUGUACUUGAUCGUAGUCGGCCCUCCUCACAACAGAAUUUGGUGGAGUGGGCUAGAUUUUUUUUAAGAAAUAUACAAAAACUAGGAAAAAUCAUGGAUCCACGGUUGGAACAAGUUUAUUCAUCAAAAGGUGCAAUGAAAGUAGCAAAACUCAUCCUAAACUGUCUUGAGCCAGAUCCAAUUCGCCGGCCUUCAAUGGAGAAAGUGGUGGCACGUUUACAAGAGAUCAACACAAUCAAAUUAUAA